AUGUGGAAUUUCAUCAUCAUCAUCAUGUUAGUCGGCGGCGAGAUCCGUUUCAGAACACUCAGAUUCGUCGCCGAUGACUCAGCAUGGCUUCGAGAGGCACCCAUCUACCUUGCUGUCGUCCUUGAGUACCUCGCCACCGAGCUGCUGGAGCUCACCGGGAACAUCGCCAAGGAAAACAAGUACCGCAUCAUGCCCAGGCACCUGCUGCUGGCCUUGAGGAACGACCAGGAGCUCAGGAGGCUGCUGACCGGCAUCACCAUCGCUCACGGCGGCGUGCUGCCCAACAUCAACCCGGUGCUGCUCCCCAAGAGGAUGGCGGAGAAGGAGCCCAAGGAGGGCAAGUUGGCCAAGAAGGCCGCCAAGUCCCCCAAGAAGGCCGGCAAGAAGGCUUAG